GGGAUAUCUGUGCAGAUGUUAACUUUGCUAUAGUUAGUGUAUUUACUAUGUAGCAUUUACUAAGUUGAGCAACAGCAACAACUACAGCAGAAGUUGAAGUAGAAGUAGAAGCCGAAGAUGAAGAUGAGUUUACGGUAGAGCAGGGAAGUGAUCCUAUUCUGUUCGUGAUGAUAAAUAGUAAAAUAAGGUGAAGAUCAUAUAACUUUGGAUAUAUGAAGAUGAGUGUUCCUGGAAGUCACACUAGUGAGUCUGAAGCAUAUUCAAGCUCAGAGUCCUCCAUGCGGGCCUCUCGCAGGGACUCUGUGGUUCUCUGCCUGCUCUGCAUUGGCCGCACUUGGGUGACACACAACUACCUCCUGUGCUGUGAUGACCCACCUCAGUGUCAGUGUGGCGUCCGGCUGACAGUGGCCCACAUCAUGGAUGAAGAGUCAACAGAUAAUGCUGAUGAGAGCUCUUCAUCUUCUGAAGAAGAAUUGAAACCUAUCAGUUCCUUUAUCAAUAACAGAAGGAAGAUGUUGAAAGUAGCAUUCUCUGCAGUCAGUGAAGAUAAAUUAAAAGCAAUAGUUCCUCCUUUUCUCAAGGAUGCUACACUUGAUGAAUUGAAGAUAAUCUGCUAUGAAGAGCUUUGUAGUCUUACAGAUGAAGCUUUAAAGUCAAUUUUGGAAGGUAAUAAUUGGGAUGAAUCAUCAAGUUCGGAGGAUGAGAAAACCACAAGCAGUACCGAAAUCGGCAGCCAUGAACCGAGAACAGUUUGUGGAUUGGAGGCUUUCGACUCGGAAGACACUAUCACUAGCACCGAUUCAAAGAAUAAAGACAUCCUAGAAAUAGGAAUCUCUGAGGAGGAAGUGAGUCAUUUGCUUAAAGAAAUUCCAAAUUCUCAGCAUACUUCAAAGGAUACUCGGGCUACGCCUUCACCAUCACAUAGUGUAGCAUCAGUCAGUGACAAAAAACACGAUAUGUCAGAUGAUGUCUCAACAAUUGACAAGGAUGCCUCAAAUAUUGUGGAAGUUGACUCGGAUGCCCCUGGUGGGGAUUCGUUGGAGCUUGUGGAGCUCGAACAUCGAGCUCGUUCAAUUCGGUCAUUGAUAAUGCAGUGUGAUGCUGAAAGAGAGAAUGUAUCUGAAAUUAGUGACAAGUCCGCAGGAAUUGGUUCAACUGAAUUUGAUAAUAGAAAACACAAUAUUUUAGAUAGUAUGACUGUGACCCAGAAGCAUCAAGAAUUAGAUCCUCUUUUCUUGGUAUGUGCAUCUGGAUCUAAAGUGGUCCUAACACCAUGUAAGAAAAGUGGAACAGAUUUAAACUGUAAAAGUAAACUUACAGUAUAUGAGAGACUUGGUCACAAUGCAGUGCUUGUAUCUGGUGAUUACACAGUUUUGGAAUCUAAAAUUCCAGAAAACAAUUCAACAGGAGCGGGACAUGAAAAUGAGAAAGGUGGUGAUAAUGAAACAGCUGAGUGUGACAGUUGCCUUCCUAGCACUCCAGAAUCAUCAUGUAUUCAUAACUCUACAGGAGUAGAAUCUGUCUUCCAUAAUACAGGUCCAUUGCAAAUAACUAUUAGUGCACUAAAUGGUGGCUCACUGUCUAGGAAAGAUCUGCAAACAAAUUCACAAUCAGCAGAAAAAAUGAAAGAAAAGAAUAUCCAUAAAGUAGUGGAAACCAGUAAAAUGUGUACAAAACUGCGUGAAAGAAUUAAACGCACUCAACAACUUAAAAAAUGUAAAGAAGAUAAUAUUAAAGCAGAAACCAUAAUACUAGGAACAGUUGAGGAAUACAAGUCAUUAAAUACAAAAUAACAUCAGAAUUAUAUUGUGAAAAUAUUCAUUUUAUGUGAAUUUGUGUUAUACGUGUUGAAUCGGAUAAACCAGUAAAAUUACCUAUGUUAUAGUUUAAUGCCACUUCAUAAUAAAUAGCCUCUUCAAACCAA